AUGACCGAGGGCGCGCAGGCGGCCGACGAGGUCCGAGUGCCCCUGGCCGCUCCGGGCUCGGAGGCGGCGGCGGCAGGGGCGGCUCCGGGGAGCCCCGGGGUGCCGGGGCGGGAGGCGGAGCCGGGGUCCGGGCCCGGCGCAUCGCCCCCCGAGAGCCCGGCUGCCGAGCGCAGCGCGGAGCUGGGCGCCGACGAGGAGCAGCCCGUCCCGUACCCGGCGCUGGCGGCCACGGUCUUCUUCUGCCUCGGGCAGACCACGCGGCCGCGCAGUUGGUGUCUCCGGUUGGUCUGUAACCCGUGGUUCGAGCACGUCAGCAUGCUGGUCAUCAUGCUCAACUGCGUGACCCUGGGCAUGUUCCGGCCCUGUGAGGACGUCGAGUGCCAGUCGGAGCGCUGCAGCAUCCUGGAGGCCUUCGAUGACUUCAUCUUUGCUUUCUUCGCGGUGGAGAUGAUCAUCAAGAUGAUUGCCCUGGGCCUCUUUGGGCAGAAGUGCUACCUGGGGGACACGUGGAACAGGCUGGAUUUCUUCAUCGUCAUGGCGGGCAUGAUGGAGUACUCGCUAGAUGGACACAACGUGAGCCUCUCGGCCAUCCGGACAGUGCGCGUGCUGCGGCCCCUGCGUGCCAUCAACCGUGUGCCCAGCAUGCGGAUCCUGGUCACGCUGCUGCUGGACACUCUGCCCAUGCUCGGGAAUGUCCUUCUGCUCUGCUUCUUUGUCUUUUUCAUCUUUGGUAUCGUCGGCGUACAGCUGUGGGCCGGCCUGCUUCGGAACCGCUGCUUCCUGGACAGCACCUUUGCCAGAAACAACAAUCUCAGCUUCCUGCGGCCGUACUACCAGACGGAGGAGGGCGAGGAGAACCCGUUCAUCUGCUCCUCGCGCCGAGACAACGGCAUGCAGAAGUGUUCGCACAUCCCCAGUCGCCGGGAGCUGCGCGUGGAGUGCACGCUGGGCUGGGAGGCUUACGGGCAGCCUCAGGCCGACGGUGUGGCUGGCGCCGCCCGCAACGCCUGCAUCAACUGGAACCAGUAUUACAACGUGUGCCGCUCAGGCGGUUCCAACCCCCACAACGGCGCCAUCAACUUCGACAACAUUGGCUAUGCCUGGAUCGCCAUCUUCCAGGUGAUCACGCUGGAGGGCUGGGUGGACAUAAUGUACUACGUCAUGGAUGCUCAUUCCUUCUACAACUUCAUCUACUUCAUUUUGCUCAUCAUUGUGGGCUCCUUCUUCAUGAUCAACCUGUGCCUGGUGGUGAUCGCCACGCAGUUCUCGGAGACCAAGCAGCGGGAGAACCAGCUCAUGCGGGAGCAGCGCGCGCGGUAUCUGUCCAACGACAGCACGCUGGCUAGCUUCUCGGAGCCGGGCAGCUGCUACGAGGAGUUGCUCAAAUACGUGGGCCACAUCUGCCGCAAGGUCAAGAGGCGCACACUGCGCCUCUGCGCUCGCUGGCAGAGCCGCUGGUGCAAGAAGGUGGACCCCAGCAGCGCCCCGCACAGCCAGGGCCCCGGGCGCCGGCCAAGGCGGGCAGGGAGGCACACGGCCUCUGUGCACCACCUGGUCUACCACCACCACCACCACCACCACCACCACUACCACUUCAGCCACGGCAGCCCACGCCGGCCCAGCCCCGAGCCCGGCCCUGGGGACACCAGGCUGGUGCCGGCUGGGGCCUUGCCCUCGCCGCCCUCGCCAGGCCGUGGGCCCCCUGAUGCUGAGUCGGUGCACAGUGUGUACCAUGCAGACUGCCACGUGGAGGGGCCACAAGAGAGGGCCCGGGUGGCACACACCACGGCCACGGCAGCCGCCAGCCUCAAGGUGGCCACGGGGCUGGGUGCCAUGAACUACCCCACCAUCCUGCCCUCGUCCGUAGGGGGUGGUAAAGGUGAUACCGGCCCUGGGCCCAAGGGGAAGCGGGUCAGCGGUCCUCCAGGCACCGGAGAGCACAGCCCCCUGAGCUUGAGGGGCACCGACCCCUAUGAGAAGAUCCAGCAUUUGGUCGGGGAACACGGCCUGGGCCGGGCACCCAGCCGCCUGUCGGGCCUGAGCGUGCCCUGCCCCCUGCCCAGCCCCCAGGCGGGCACGCUGACCUGCGAGCUGAAGAACUGUCCGUAUUGCACCAGUGCCCUGGACGACCCCAACUUCGAGCUCAGCGACUCUGAGAGCGGAGGCUCAGAAGGCAACGCGGUGUAUGAGUUCACACAGGAUGUGCGGCACGGUGACCACCGCGACCCCAUGCAGUCCCCCCCGGCGGCGGACGUACCAGGCCGGGGCAGUGCGCGGCUGCGGGCGCAGCGUCGGGUGGCCCCGGGCAAGCAGGGCGGGCUUGGCCACGUCUGGGCCACCUUCAGUGGCAAGCUAUGCCGAAUCGUGGACAGCAAGUACUUUAACCGCGGCAUCAUGGUGGCCAUCCUCACCAACACUCUGAGCAUGGGCGUCGAGUACCACGAGCAGCCCGACGAGCUGACCAGUGCCCUGGAGAUCAGCAACAUCGUGUUCACCAGCAUGUUCGCCCUGGAGAUGCUGCUGAAGCUGCUGGCUUGCGGCCCGCUGGGCUACAUUCGGAACCCCUACAACAUCUUUGACGGCAUCAUUGUGGUUAUCAGCGUCUGGGAGAUUAUUGGACAGGCGGACGGCGGCUUGUCGGUGUUGCGGACCUUCCGGCUGCUGCGUGUGCUGAAGCUGGUGCGCUUCAUGCCUGCGCUGCGGCGUCAGCUGGUGGUGCUCAUGAAGACCAUGGACAACGUGGCCACCUUCUGCAUGCUGCUUAUGCUCUUCAUCUUCAUUUUCAGCAUCCUGGGCAUGCACCUCUUUGGCUGCAAGUUCAGCCUGACGACAGACACCGGAGACACGGUCCCUGACAGGAAGAACUUUGACUCCCUGCUGUGGGCCAUUGUCACUGUGUUCCAGAUCCUCACCCAGGAGGACUGGAAUGUCGUCCUCUACAAUGGCAUGGCUUCCACCUCCUCCUGGGCUGCUCUCUACUUCGUGGCGCUGAUGACCUUCGGCAACUAUGUGCUCUUCAACCUGCUGGUGGCCAUCCUGGUGGAGGGCUUCCAGGCAGAGGGCGACGCCAACAGAUCCGACACGGACGAAGACAAGACAUCCACCCAUUUGGAGGAGGAUUUUGACAAGUUCCGGGAUCUCCGGGCCACGGAGAUGAAGAUGUAUUCGCUGGCCGUGACCCCCAACGGGCACCUGGAGGGCCGCGGCAGCCUGCCCCCUCCCGUCAUCAUGCGCACGGCAGCCACGCCCAUGCCCACCCCCAAGAGCUCCCCACACCUGGACCUGGUCCCCGGCCUCCUGGACUCACGGCGUGGCAGCAGCAGCUCUGUGGACCCGCAGCUGGGCGACCAGAAGUCACUGUCCAGCCUCCGAAGCUCGCCCUGUGCCCACUGGGGCCCCAACAGUGCCCGGAGCAGCCGGCGCUCGAGCUGGAACAGCCUGGGCCGCGCACCCAGCCUCAAGCGGCGGAGCCAGUGCGGGGAGCGUGAGUCUCUGCUGUCCGGGGAGGGCAAGGGUAGCACGGACGAGGAGGCGGAGGACAGCAGGCCCGGGGCAGAGGCCUCUCCGGGGACACGCCCCGUCCCGCUGCGGCGCACCGAGUCCCUGGACCACCGCAGCACCCUGGACCUGCGGCCCCCACGGCCAGCCACACUGCUGCCCACCAAGUUCCACGACUGUAACGGGCAGGUGCUGGCCCUGCCCAGUGAGUUCUUCCUGCGCAUCGACAGCCACAAGGAGGAUCCGGCCGAGUUUGACGAUGACAUGGAGGAUAGUUGUUGCCUGCGCCUGCACAAGGUGCUGGAACCCUACAAGCCCGCGUGGUGUCGCAGCCGCGAACCCUGGGCCCUGUACCUCUUCUCUCCGCAGAACAGGUUCCGGGUCUCCUGCCAGAAGAUCAUCGCUCACAAGAUGUUCGAUCAUGUGGUCCUGGUCUUCAUUUUCCUCAACUGCGUCACCAUUGCCCUAGAGAGGCCCGACAUCGACCCAGGCAGCACCGAGCGCGUCUUCCUCAGCGUUUCCAACUACAUCUUCACAGCGAUCUUCGUGGCCGAGAUGAUGGUGAAGGUGGUGGCCCUGGGCCUGGUCUCCGGCGAGCACGCCUACCUGCAGAGCAGCUGGAAUGUGCUGGAUGGGCUGCUGGUCCUGGUGUCCCUGGUCGACAUCGUCGUAGCCAUGGCCUCAGCCGGUGGCGCCAAGAUCCUGGGCAUCCUGCGCGUGCUGCGUCUACUACGGACGCUGCGGCCCCUGAGGGUCAUCAGCCGUGCUCCGGGCCUCAAGCUGGUGGUGGAGACUCUGAUAUCGUCACUCAGGCCCAUCGGGAACAUCGUGCUCAUCUGCUGCGCCUUCUUCAUCAUCUUCGGCAUCCUGGGGGUGCAGCUCUUCAAAGGGAAGUUUUAUUACUGCGAAGGCGCUGACACCAGGAACAUCUCCACCAAGGCCGAGUGCCGGGCCGCGCACUACCGCUGGGUGCGGCGCAAGUACAACUUCGACAACCUGGGCCAGGCGCUGAUGUCCCUGUUUGUGCUGUCCUCCAAGGACGGCUGGGUGAACAUCAUGUACGACGGGCUGGACGCCGUGGGCAUAGACCAGCAGCCCGUGCCCAACCACAACCCCUGGAUGCUGCUGUACUUCAUCUCCUUCCUGCUCAUCGUCAGCUUUUUUGUGCUCAACAUGUUCGUGGGCGUCGUGGUGGAGAAUUUCCACAAGUGCCGGCAGCACCAGGAGGCCGAGGAGGCCCGGCGGCGCGAGGAGAAGCGGCAGCGGCGGCUGGAGCGAAAACGCAGGAGCACUUUCCCCAGCCCAGAGGCCCAGCGCCGGCCCUACUAUGCCGACUACUCGCCCACCCGCCGCUCCAUCCACUCGCUGUGCACCAGCCACUAUCUUGAUCUCUUUAUCACCUUCAUCAUCGGGGUCAACGUCAUCACCAUGUCCAUGGAACACUACAACCAGCCCAAGUCGCUGGACGAGGCUCUCAAGUACUGCAACUACGUGUUCACCAUCGUCUUCGUUUUUGAGGCCAUGCUGAAGCUCGUGGCUUUUGGGUUCCGGAGGUUCUUCAAGGACAGGUGGAACCAGCUGGACCUGGCCAUCGUGCUGCUGUCCAUCAUGGGCAUCACGCUGGAGGAGAUCGAGAUGAACGCAGCUUUGCCCAUCAACCCCACCAUCAUCCGCAUCAUGCGCGUGCUCCGCAUCGCCCGCGUGCUGAAGCUGCUCAAGAUGGCCACAGGCAUGCGGGCUCUGCUGGACACGGUGGUUCAAGCCCUGCCCCAGGUAGGGAACCUCGGCCUACUUUUCAUGCUCCUGUUUUUUAUCUAUGCUGCCCUGGGGGUGGAGCUGUUUGGGAGGCUCGAGUGCAGUGAGGACAACCCCUGUGAGGGCCUGAGCCGGCACGCCACCUUCUCCAACUUCGGCAUGGCCUUCCUCACGCUGUUCCGCGUAUCCACGGGGGACAACUGGAACGGGAUCAUGAAGGACACGCUGCGGGAGUGUGCCCGCGAGGACAAGCACUGUCUCAGCUACCUGCCCGCCAUCUCCCCCAUCUACUUUGUCACCUUUGUACUGGUGGCUCAGUUCGUGCUGGUGAACGUGGUAGUGGCCGUGCUCAUGAAGCACCUGGAGGAGAGCAACAAGGAGGCCCGCGAGGACGCCGAGCUGGACGCCGAGCUGGAGCUGGAGGUGGCGCAGGGGCCUCCCACCUGCCCCCGGCCCACGGCCCAGCAUGGCCCAGAUGCCCCAGGCCUCCUGGUUGUGCGCAAGGUGUCAGUGUCCAGGAUGCUGUCCCUGCCCAAUGACAGUUACAUGUUCCGGCCCGUGGCGCCCGCCUCGGCCCCGCACCCGCACACGCUGCGGGAAGCGGACGUGGAGACAUGCUCGGGCCCAGCAACCUCUGCACACUCCCUGCCCGUGGAGCCCUGCACCUCUCUCCAGGUCCCCUCAGCGGCCACACUCUCCCCAGCCAGGGACAGCGACACCCUCCAUGCCCUGUCCCCUCGGGGCACAGCCCGCUCCCCCAGCCUCAGCCGGCUGCUCUGCAGACAGGAGGCCAUGCGCACCGACUCGCAGGAAGGGCACGUUGACGGCCCCAGGGACAGCGGCCCGGGCUGGGGGGAGCCUGGCAGGAAGACCCCCGUGAGGCAGGCGUCCCUGGGGGCCUCCAUACGGUCCCCACCCCGGUCCCCGCGGCCCAGCAGUGUCCGCACCCGCAAGCACACUUUCGGGCAGCGCUGCGUCUCCGGCAGGCCACCAGCCUCAGGAGGGGAGGAGGCUGAGACCCCGGAUCCUGCCGACGAGGAGGUCAGCCAUAUCACCAGCUCCGCCCUGAGCCCCUCAGCCUCGCCCGCUGCCCGAGGAGGGGGAGGCAGUGACCCGGACCUGCGGAGGUUCUACAGCGUGGACGCCCAGGGCUUCCUGGACCAGCCCGGCCAGGCAGAUGAGCAGAGGCGGUCCUCCGGGGAGCAGGGGGGUGGGGAUGGCCACCCAGAGGCCAGGGAGGCGAAGGCUCGGGCCCCGGAGGCCGAGCCAGCCUUGGGGGCACGCAGGAAGAAGAAGAUGAGCCCGCCCUGCAUCUCUGUAGACCCCCCUGUGGAGGACGAAAGCACGGCCCGGGCCCCAGUGGCCGAGGGCAGCAGCACCACUCUGCGGCGGCGGACCCCGUCCUGUGAGGCCACGCCACACAGGGACUCUCUGGAGCCCGUGGAGGGGGCAGGGGUGGACCCUGCCACCAGGGGGGAGCGUCGGGCCCAGGCCCCCUGCCGUGCAGAACACCUGACCGUCCCCAACUUUGCCUUUGAGCCGCUGGACACGGGGGGCCCUGGCGGAGACCCGUUUUCAGACGGUGGCCACAGUAUGGCCCCAGAACCCAGGGCUUCCUUCUCAGGGGCCACGGUGCCUCCUGAACCCCACAAAACCGAGCCUCCCAUGCCCUCCAGCGACCCCCCAGAGAAGGGGCGGGGGCUGCACCUCAAAGUCCUCCAGACCCCCCCAAAGAAAGGGUCUCCCCCAGCCACCCCCACCCCAGGUAACAGUGUAGACAGGCCCGUGUAG